UCAAACGUAAUGUAUUAAGAUAUUUUGCGAAGUGAUUGAAAACGUCAACUAAAACUCAAGUAAAUAAUCACAACGAAGAAAAACAUAACCGCUGCUUUUUUCAAAGGUUAAGCUUUAACUAUGGGUGCCGCUCUGGGAGCCAUUGGUGGACUGAGCUGUUGCUCCUUAACUUCGUGUGCUGCUCCAGCUGCCUUCUGCUGUGGUCCAUCUGCUUGUUUUUGUUGUUGUUCACGAUGUCCACCAUGCAAGAACUCAACAUCAACAAGAAUUGUCUACAGUUUCUUUUUAUUUCUUGGAAGCAUUGUCUCUGGUAUCAUGUUGACUUCUGGUAUCAAGGAAAAACUUAGGGAAAUUCCAUACUUGUGCAGUGAUGAAUGCCCCGCCAACAGUUUGGUUGGUUACACAGCAGUAUACAGAGUUUGUUUUGGCAUGGCUGCCUUUUUCUUUCUGAUGACUUUAAUGAUGAUCAAUGUUCAAAGUAGUAAAGAUGGAAGAGCAAAAUUUCAGAAUGGGUUGGUAUUGCAUAAUGAUGUAAUGUAAU